ACCAACAAUAAGACACUCACACAUAGCAUGAUGUACAUAAAACCGUGUAUAAUAUAGCAUGUAAACAUGUCUAAUCACGUAAAUGAGCUAGAAGAUGUAGAGGCUACACUCGGGGCCAUCGACCGAGUGAUGAACAAAGUGGAGGUAGAAACGCUAGCCUCAAUAAACGCAGCAUAUAUAACAUGUUCAUCUGAAUGUGGGCCCCUGAUGCAGUAUUUAGGUGCUGGCUACUACGUAAAGAGAGCGCCCAUGGUGGUUAGGAACAUGCUAGAACGACGUAAAGAACAACUAGAAAAGGAACCAAUGAUACAGAUAAAGCAAGAUGCACCCAAACGUAAGGAGAUUCCAAAGGAUGGAGAUACAAUAGAAAUAGUUGAACGUUACGAUUCAAGUGAUGAAGGUGCUCUGUGAUACAAUUGCGUUUAUAGCAGCCCUACAUCAUCAUUUGGUGAUUGUACAAUCCCUAGUUGAGACACUAGACUCAUCAGAGUGUUAGACUUGCCGCGCCUCGAGCUGGAGGACCGAGAACUGUUGGAAUCAUCAGGUGGGACGAAUUGGGUUGAAGGCUCCAAAUCAGAUGCAAAUGAUGCAUCCUGCUGCUGAAUGAAUUCAUCAAUAUUGCCAUGUGAUUGGGUAAUGCGGUACGCUUGGUUCACGAUGAUACGUCCAACACGAAUGUCGUCCUUGCUAUCAGCUUCCUUAAUGUGUUUAGAAAAGGUCAUUAUAGCCUCGAACUUCAGCUGUUUCAUUUGAGGAGCCAGAAGAUAUUGCAACCCAAGCGCAACAGACAGUAUACUUGAUAGACCGUUGAACAGAAUAUAAUCCCAUAAGGCUAUAACAGUCCUCAAGGGAAGAAUGAUCACAAACAUAGUGAGGAACCUACAAUAUGAAUGACAGCCAUAAACAACAAUACAUACCACUGGUUGAGGAAAACAGCAACCGAUAUCUCUUCACGUUCAAAAUGACGAUGUAAAUCUGGCCACAUUUCUGCCGUAAGUGCAUCGAACGCUAGAUGUUAUAUACAUCAACAAAAUCGCAACAUACCACGAAUGUAUUUUUGAAUCAGCGGAAACGAUGGUUUAUAAAAUUCAGCAAGCCCCAAUUCCUUCAUGAGACCGACGAAACCCACAUAUGAUUCCAUCUCAUUAAAGCCGCUAACUAACAAAAUCAUGCCUACGAAAUGUUAGUUUUAAAUGCUAUACAUUGGCCGCAGAACGUAACGUACCAGCAAUAAAAUUCAUUCCUUGGCAAUACCCAACCUCUGGAUGGUAAUUUGAGUACGCAAGCUGCAACGCCAUGAUCAUCCACAGCAUAAACAUACCAGUAUACGAGACAACUGCUGUUGUGCUUCUGUGUCAAAUACUUGUAAUUCAGGAAAUGUUCUACAGAAGGGUGUGGAACAACUGCCAUAGCACAUACCUCGGCACAUCAAUUUGUAUAAUCGACAUAUACUCAUUGGGUUGCGAGGCGAAUGUAUGGUAAUCAGGGGAUGCAGUGGCAACAUUUUCAUCAAACUUCAUCGCCACCUUCCAACUUUCCCAUCUAAAUUUCUGCGGUAUACCCCUGUAACGACAUGUAGACAAUAAGCCAUAAAAGGCACAUA